AUGGCCAUCACCAGUGCGACCAGCACAGUUCAGGCAAUCUUUGCCCUUCACACAGCAACAGCUGGUUUGGCCUUGCUCAUGCUCGUCACCGCUGGCUUGGUAUUUCUGAAGCAGCUGAAGAGUGGCACCAGUCGUCCAGGUGGAUGGAAGCGUUUCUCGCAUAAUGCUGGUGCACCUCGACACUCCAGUCUGGGCACGCACUUCUGGCUCAUUUCUGGACUGUUCAAUCUGAUGGUGGCAUACGCUGCGCAGGCCGCUAUUGUUGCUCUCCAGACCAGAGUUAAUUCGCCCUUUUCGAUCACCUCAAUGUACUCGUACCCCUCUUACGGAGCAGCGAACUCGGUGGCCGGUGUCAGCUAUGGCAAAGAAAUUUCUAUUCUCUCCUUCCUCUACCAUUUUGCUAGCAUUUUGGUCAACGUUAGCAUCGUUGGUGCUAUCUGGGUGCAUGCCAACCACCUUGAGUGCAACGCAACCGGUAUCAAGUUUCCUGGAUUCAUCUCAUGGAUCUGGAACCAGUUUUGGAUAUUGGCUAUGCUUGGUUUUGGAUUUGCUGCUUGGAGUCUUGCGUAUAUUCGUCGUGGCAAUGGUAACUCUGCCCUGUACUUCCUGUCUAUUCUCAGCUCGAGCUACAUCACACGCACGAUCUUUGUUACCUACAUUGCGGUCACGAUUGCCGCAUCGACCAGCGCGACCAUGGAAGCUGCUCUAUGCUUGACUGGUGUCAAGAAGAAUGGUCUCGGAGGCACUGUCUCCGACACCAAGCGCAUCCUCGGUUCCUUCGUCUUUAUGAUCCUACCUAUCGUCUGGGUCCGUAACGCCUUUAAUGUUGCUCAGAUCGUUAUGCUCUACUACGACGUCAACAGCUGGUCUCGUACCACCAACCAGGCCCUUGCCUUCUUGUUCAUCAUCUUCGGCGAACUAUCCAACCUUGCCAUCCUUGGACUGGUGCUCCUCGGUGCUAUGAACUUCAGUAAGACUCUUAACGAUAGACCUACUUUCCACGGCCACAGCACCAACAGAGAGACCCGUGGUUCGAGCAUGUCAAGGUACACUCGCGAUGGCAGGUCUGAGAAGAUUGAUGUCUAG